AUGCAGAUCAAGGCUCCACCAAACUUUGCACCUGAGGAUUCCAAGAGCAGACAAAUCAAUGCUCCCCCUGUCCAUGCCAGAUAUAGAAAGUUUGAUCUGUACCGCAACGUGCAACAGUUCUAUUUCAUCGAUAACCAUGCCGUUCAGGUUGCUCAGACUGACCAUGACAAUUUUGUUGACCUAAUUUAUCACCUGGUGUACAGCCAGAACCUGCAGGCUGACCUGGACAAGUGCAGGGUGAUUUUUCGAUGGAUGACUUCAAAGAACAUGUACACAAUCAAUUUUCGAGAUGGAGCCAAACCAAACAGUCCUGAAGAAGUGCUGCUGUCUUUCAAGAACAAGCAGGGAACAUAUGCUCGUAUUUUUGAAACCCUUUGUCGGUUUGCAGGAGUUCAUGCAGUUGUGCUGACAGGCUAUGCUAAAGGCUUGGACUAUCGCCCAGGUGACAAGUUCAAGGGCAAUGAUUACAACCAUAGCUGGAAUGCAGUCCUAAUAGAUAACAACUGGUAUCUUGUGGACUCUCACUGGGCUACCAGGUACCUCGUCUCAGAGAAGAAUAUGCCAGAAAACCUGGUCUAUGAAUAUGAUGACUUCUACUUCCUCACUGAUCCUGAACAACUCAUCUACAGCCAUUGGGCUCACAAGAAAGAAUGGCAGUUGUUGCAUACACCAAUUACCUUGCAGGACUUUGAGAAUCUACCUUUGGUGAAAUCAUAUUUUUUCAAAUGUGGCAUGUUUUUCAUUUCUCACCACAAUGGAGUGGUUGAUGCAAAGAAAGGACGCUUAGCCCUCACUUUAGGAUUCUGCAAACCAACAAACUUUACGUACAAGAUUACGUUUGCUGACACAGGAGAGGAAGUGUUCCAGGGACAGAAGCUGAAGAACUAUGCUCUCCAGCACCAGGGUCAGAACCAGACAACCACGUUUAUCUUUCGGGCUCCUCGUGCUGGCCAGUACUACUUUACCAUCUUUGCUCAACUCCUGACUGGAGAGCUGGGAGUCAAGAACAUAUUCACUGCUUCGGCAGAGUAUAAGGUCGUUGCAGAUUCAGCAUCUUCUGAUGCAGCACCUCUACCAGCAUGUUCUGACAGCAGCUGGGGACCUGGAGUGGCUGUGGACCAGCUAGGGCUUGUAGCUUCUCCUGCUGAUGGCAUUUUGACUACCACCGAUGGACGUGUCAGCCUGGAGUUCGCUAAGACCAGGCCUGCCUAUAUACUCUGCAAACUGCGAAAGAACGGAUUGAGAGAUGAGGAACUAGAGAAAUACAUUACAGAACAAGAUGAUGGAAAUGUAGUGAAGGUGUCAAUUGAACUUCCUGCCAAAGGUGAGUAUGGUGUUGAGGUGUAUGGAAAUGAUCCUGCCAAAGAUGGUGACACCUACACACACAUCUGCCAGUACUACAUACAUUAUGCAUCAGUCAAUGAGCAGCAGGGGGCUUUCUACCAAGAGUCCCCAGAGAGGCACAGCUUUGCACCAGGUCAACAGACAGUUAGUAAGCCAGCAAACUACAAUGUUGGCACUGCAGCACUGAACAAUGCCAGUGUGACUCAAGAUGGUUACGGAGAUGGUGAGUUCCCUGCUCCCCCACCUGAGCUGCUUCAGCAGCAGUACUUGUAUGGCACAGUGCCUGAUAGCAGACAGCAAACCGGCCAGGGGAACUAUCCAUUUCCUCAAAGUCAGGGUGGCGUCACCUCAUAUGCUCCUGGUGUUGGACAGACCACUGGACAGAAGCCCCAGCAAGCAGAAUAUGUUCAGAUCCCGGUCACCACUACACCUUUGCAGGUGGAGAAACGGUCAGUGGGGCAAGAGGGUCAGGCAGCUCCCUCCAACUUUCAGCUGCAGCCCAAGUCAGCUAGAGAAGCUGCCCCAAUCCCAGCCCCUGCUGGAUCCCAGCAGAAGCCUACUCUUGAGGCUAUUGACAGACAUGUGUUGCAGUCAGUUGAUGAACAUGCCAUUCAGGUUUCCAAAUCCGAGCACAGUACCUUCAAAGAUCUAGUGUGGGAUCUGAUCUUUGCCAAGAACAUCACUAAUGAGCUGGAGAAAGUUAGAGUCAUCUUCCGUUGGCUGGCAACAAAGAACCUGAAGGAAAUGAACUUUGACACAGUUGAGAAAGGCAGUCCAGAAGAGGUGCUGAUGGGUCUUAAAACUGGCAAAACCACAUAUGCCAUGGUUUUUGAUACUUUGUGCAACUAUGCAGGCUUGCACUCUCAGAUCAUUAGUGGCUAUGCUAAAGGAGCUGACUACAGACCUGGACAGAAGUUCACCCCGGGAACCAACCAGCACUCUUGGAAUGCUGUCUACAUUUAUGGUACCUGGUGCCUCAUUGAUGCUCACUGGGCUGCCAGGCGUAUCAUAGGAAAGCAAGCCACCAAUGAGGACUUUCACUAUCAGUUGGAUGAGUACUUCUUUUUGCCAGAUCCUCACCAGUUGAUCUACACCCACUUUCCUGAUGACCCCCAGUGGCAGCUGCUGGAACGUCCUAUUACGCUGCAGGAGUUUGAAUCAAUGCCACACAUGAAACCGCAGUUCUUUAAGUAUGGUCUGGAGUUUGUAACUCAUCGCACCGGAGUCAUCCAUAGCCGAGGAGAACUACAUAUUCGUCUGCGUUAUCCUGCAGAUAAAAUUGCGGUGGCUUUCAACUUCACUAUUCAGUUUGAAGAUGGCAAUGAAGAAUAUAAUGGUGUGAAGCUAAACAGGUACGGCAUGCAGGAGAGCUCAGGUAGGAUUGCCUCAUUCACCCUGCGCCUGCCAGUUCAAGGUUCGUACAUUCUGUACAUAUAUGCCAAAGAGGACACUCCUGAGAAUAAAGACAAUGUCUAUGCACAGGUGUGUGAGUACAAGAUUGAGCAAGAGUAUGUUCCAACACCUGUUCCGGAGCCGUACCCACCCUGUUCUUACUUAAACUGGGGAGCUGGGUCCUCAUUCUACAGGUACAAUCUGAGUACCUACCAGCAGACGGCCACCAUCAACACAAGAGAGGGCAAAGCUGAGCUGCAGAUAAAGAUUUCCACAAAUAUGCAGUUUAUGGCCAAGCUAAAGAGUAAUCAUUUUAGUGAUUCAGAGCUGGAAGGGUAUGUUCUGCAUCGAAUUGUGGGCAACACAGCUUAUUUCAAUGUCAGCUGCCCCGGCAGAGGAGAGUAUGGUCUAGAGAUCUACGCUAACAACCCUGAUAAGGAAGGUAGUACUCUCUACCAUGUGGCCCAGUACUUGAUUGUGUGCCAGGAAGAUGUUAAGGUUGAACCCCUGCCAUCUCUGCCCCAUGGCUACCUGGGCAAGCAGCAGAGAUUUGAUGAGUUUGGCUUGUCCUGCGUCUCACACAUUGACCCGGUCAUUCACCUGGAUGUCAACACAGUCACCAUCGUCAUGAAAACCUCCAUCCCAAUGCGGGUCACUGCAAAUCUGAUCCAGGUGGAAAGUGAGGAGGAGUUCCCAGAUUUUGUUUUCUCCAACACCUUAGGUUCCCAGAUUUCUUUCAUUGUGAACCUGCACACCCCAGGCUACUAUAAACUACAGAUCUACGCCAUGCCACAGUCCGAUCCCAGCCAGCAGUUGCCUGGAGUUUUCAACUAUCUCAUCAACUGCCGUGCUGUCACACAGGCUGUGUUCCCAUUCCCGAAGCAGUAUGCCCAGUGGAAAGAAGGUUGCUUUAUGUACGAACCUGGUGUGAUCCCCACAAAUAAGGGCCCACAUGCUGAUCAGGUUCAGCUGGAUCGCCUACCACCGAAGGUCAACUUCCAUGUCAGCAUUCCCAAGGCUGAGGCAGUGGCAGUGGUUGCUGGCCAGCAGUGGACACACCUUGACCGGCUGCAGGGUGAUGAAUGGGCUAAAGUUGUGGAUGUUGCUGACUUAUAUGGCAAGGAUGUAAAGCUGACUUUGAAUGCAAACUUUGGUGGUGACAAGACAAGCUAUUCAACUCUGCUUGAAUAUUUUCUCUGA